CCACGUGGUUGCUUAGAGAGAGAGAGAUUUGGAUGGGACAGCCUUCCUCGUAGACUUCUUCUCAGACUGUCUUCAUCAGCAUGGAUGUUUUGACGGAUCAAGACGUGCAAAAGUACCAGGAUGAGGGCUAUCUGGUGCUGGAUGGCCUUCUGUCCCCAGAGGAGUGUGAUGCUUUACGGGACCGUAUGAGUGAGAUUAUUGAGCGGAUGGACGUUCCUGAACACUGCAGGACACAGUUCUCCACUGACCACGACGAGCAGCUUAAAAAACAGAUGCAGGGAAACGCAGACUAUUUCAUCACAAGUGGAGACAAGAUCCGUUUCUUCUUUGAGAAAGGAGUGUUUGAUGAUAAAGGAGAGUUCAUCGUGCCAAAAGAACAUUCCUUGAAUAAAAUCGGACAUGCUCUCCACGCUUAUGAGCCGCUGUUUAAAGCGGUCACCCACUCACCCAAAGUUCAAAACCUGGUUAAGAAACUCGGCCUGAUAUAUCCAGUGAUUCUGCAGAGUAUGUACAUCUUUAAGCAACCAGGGAUUGGUGGAGAAGUGACCCCUCACCAAGAUGCCACCUUCCUUUCCACGCAGCCUCUGGGAAGAGUGAUGGGCGUGUGGCUUGCUCUGGAAGACGCUGCGCUGGAGAACGGCUGUCUGUGGUUCAUACCAGGAUCACACAACAAUGGGAUUACCAGACGAAUGGUGCGGACACCUAAAGGCACGUUUCCUCUGACUGAUUUCAUCGGCCGAGAGAAGGAUUACGACGACAAGCUCUUCGUUCCCGCUCCUGUUAAAAAAGGUGGAGCAGUUCUGAUUCACGGUCAAGUCGUCCACCGCAGUGCUGCAAACACAUCUGACGCCUCACGCCACGUUUACACCUUUCACAUUAUGGAGUCUCAAAACACUAUUUGGAGUCCUGAGAACUGGCUACAACCAACAGAAGAGCUGCCCUUCCCGUCCCUCUACACCUAAAGACA